UCUUAGGCGCAGGGUAGAACGCAACCAUUGGCAUGUCUUUGGCAGACACCUCCGAUGCACGUAAAGCCCGCUUACUUGCUUUGAAGCGGCGGAGAGAUAGAGAAGGGCCUGUCGAGGAACCUGUCAUAAAACACCGUACUUUCGACCCAGAGACUCGUGGUCUCAAGAAGCACACACCAGAGGACGAUGUCGUUAUGGAAGAUACCGUUGAGAAGAAGGUGGAAGGCCUUGCAGAAAAGAUCAUUGCGGAGGAUGCUGAACGAAGAGCCCAAGAACUCGAUUUGUUUAAUAUCGCGCCAAAACGAGCCAAUUGGGACUUGAAGCGUGAUAUGGAGAAAAAACUUACAAAGCUUGAUAGACAGACACAGCAAGCUAUCCAUACACUGAUUCGUCAACGACUAGCUGCUGAGAAGGGCCAGUCCGAUGACAUAGUCGGAGCUAUGAAUGCACAAGAGACCGCGCGCCAGCAAGAGAACGCCGAGUCUGACGAGGAAGAAGACUGAGUGUGCACCCCUGAUGCACGAAUUUAUGUACGCGUAUCGUUUUGUAUCAUUACUUCGAAACAUUGUAAUAUUACAGGUCAUAACUGUCCGCUCCUUGUACCGUGCCUCCGGUUGGUAUCGCACUUCUCACGCAAGUACGGCAAGAAUUAGUAUUGAAAUGUCGCCACAAACCCAUAUUAAUCUACACAAGGGUCUACAAGAUCGGGCGUGAAUUAAGCAUCUGUAUCAUUCGCUGAUCCUCCGGUAUGCGCGCAUGGGGAUGUUGAUGAGGGUUAUGGCGAUGCAUACUGGUACUCGCUAUUGCAGAUUGCAAGGAAGGGAGGACAAUGUGUUCUCUGCGUCCCUGAGUCCCAGGACCGGGAGUCGACUGACGGGUGACAGGAGAUGAAGGUCGAGAAGGUAUUGAGAGUGAAGGCGAUGGUAACGUGGCGUCGGAUGUCCGAGACCUUGCCUUUCCGCUCUUGUAAAUUCCAGGGGGCACUGAGAUCCUACGCAGGAUCGGAUCCUGGUCGAUUGUGGGAAUGUUUGGAAGGUCAGUGUAUGUGAAAUAUGCGG